ACCGCGGGCGCCGGGGCGGGGGCGGGGUCCGGAGGGCCGAGGCCGCACCGCCCCUCGCAGCCUUUGCUGCCGCCGCCGCCGCCUUGUCCUGGCUGCCCCUGCUCGGACACCAUGCCACAAGGAGAGUGAUCUCUUCCCCUGUUUUCACAAUGGAGGACUCCGGAAAGACUUUCAGCUCUGAGGAGGAAGAAGCUAACUAUUGGAAAGAUCUGGCGAUGACCUACAAACAGAGGGCAGAAAAUACGCAAGAGGAACUCCGAGAAUUCCAGGAGGGAAGCCGAGAAUAUGAAGCUGAAUUGGAGACGCAGCUGCAACAAAUUGAAACCAGGAACAGAGACCUCUUGUCCGAAAAUAACCGCCUUCGCAUGGAGCUGGAAACCAUCAAGGAGAAGUUUGAAGUGCAGCACUCUGAAGGCUACCGGCAGAUCUCAGCCUUGGAGGAUGACCUCGCGCAGACCAAAGCCAUUAAAGACCAAUUGCAGAAAUACAUCAGAGAGCUGGAGCAAGCAAACGACGACCUGGAAAGAGCCAAGCGCGCCACGAUCAUGUCUCUCGAAGACUUUGAGCAGCGCUUGAAUCAGGCCAUCGAAAGAAAUGCCUUCCUGGAAAGUGAACUUGAUGAAAAAGAGAAUCUUCUGGAAUCUGUUCAGAGACUGAAGGAUGAAGCCAGAGAUUUGCGGCAGGAACUGGCUGUGCAGCAGAAGCAGGAGAAACCCAGGACCCCCAUGCCCAGCUCAGUGGAAGCUGAGAGGACAGACACAGCUGUGCAGGCCACGGGCUCUGUGCCGUCCACGCCCAUCGCUCACCGAGGACCCAGCUCAAGUUUAAACACACCUGGGAGCUUCAGACGUGGCCUGGACGACUCCACCGGCGGGACCCCCCUCACACCUGCAGCCCGGAUAUCAGCUCUCAACAUUGUGGGAGACCUACUGCGGAAAGUCGGGGCACUGGAGUCCAAACUCGCUUCCUGCCGGAACCUCGUGUACGAUCAGUCCCCAAACCGAACAGGUGGCCCGGCCUCUGGGCGGAGCAGCAAGAACAGAGAUGGCGGUGAGAGAUGGCCAAGCAGCACCAGCGUGCCUUUGGGUGAUAAGGGAGACAGGGUCUCACUGUGUUGCCCAGGCUGUAAAACAAAUAGGAGAGAAAAUUGAGGCCCUGUGAGACCCUGCUCCUGACUCUUGAUGUUCACCCUUAUAACUCUGUGGGCCCCGGUGCUAGCCAGUUUGUCACAGCUGUCAUGUCAGCUUAAUUUGGUUUGCUCUGUCUGAAGGUUGGGGAAGCGCCUGGAAUUUGGGAAGCCGCCUUCACACAUGUCUUCAUCGCCGCUGCCAUCAGCCCAGGGGGUAGUCAAGAUGUUGCUUUAGGAAAACCACGGAAGCUGAAGCUCUUGGUGUCGGUGCAGGAGUCGUUACCCUUUGUCGUCUUUUUAUACUAGGUUUUUGCUUCAAGUUAGUUUGAGAAAUAAGAGCAGUCACCAUAGUUAGUUAGCUUUGCGGCCCAAGCCAGUGACCGAGGCCAUCACCUGUGCUCUGGGGUUUGUCCCUGGGAAAUGUCUCCUCAUCCUUGCCUGCCACUGUGUGCAUUGCAAAGAGGGACAAAAGGGGCUCUCUGGGAAGGGCUCUAAGGUGCCGGUGAUGAGGCUAACCUGUUUUUGUUUUUGAGAUAGAGUCUCGCUCUGUUGCCCAGGCUGGAGUGUGGCGGCGUGAUCUCAGCUCACUGCAGCCUCCGCCUACCAGGUUCAAACAAUUCUCUUAUCUCAGCUUCCCAAGUAGCUGGGACUACAGGAGUGUGCCACUACACCCACUAAUUUUGUAUUUUUAGUGAGAAACGGGGUUUCACCAUGUUGGCCAGGCUGGUCUUGAACUCCUGGCCUCAAGUGAUACUCCCACCUCAGCCUCCCAGAGUGCUGGAAUUACAGGCGUGAGCCACCGUGCCUGGCCCCUGAUUGGUCUUGACAGGUGUUUUUAAUGUCCCAAGUCUCCUUAAAUGUGGGAUGGAGCUUCUCUCAGAGGCUCUUCCGCCAGCCCCCAACCGGCUGGAAUUGUCUUCCAGAACAAAAUCUCCCAGUGCUUUGUAGUGGACUGAAAUCAUGUCUAAGAACAGAGAACAGAACGGUCACAUGCCUUUUUAAAAACUGUGGAAUAGGCCGGGUGCGGUAGCUCAGGCCUGUAAUCCUAAGACUUUGGGAGGCCGAGGCGGGUGGAUUACCUGAGGUCAGGAGUUCAAGACCAGCCUGGCAAACAUGGUGAAACUCCAUCUCUACUAAAAAUACAAAAAAUUAGCUGGGUGCAGUGGUGCAUGCCUGUAAUUCCAGCUACUCCAGAUGUUGAGGCAGGAGAAUUGCUUGAACCCGGGAGGCGGAGGUUGCAGUGAGCCAGGAUCGCGCUACUGUACUCCAGCCUGGGCUACAGAGGGAGACUGUCUCCAAAAAAAAAAAAAAAAAAAAUGUCAUAAACCUCUGAGACUGUAGCCUGCUUCUCAGCUUCUCAUUGAGAUUUCUAGAGGUGUGUUCGAGUUUUCAGAGUAAUUUUCCAGACCAACCAGCGUCAGUGGGAAAUCUGUCCUCCUUUGGCAAACUGCGAUCAUUCAUUUUCCUGAGUUCCCUGGUGGGGUGGGGGGAAUUCUGCCUCAGGACCCUGAGGGGUCUUUGGGGCAGGAUGGCCUUGGUAAUGCAGCCACUAAGAACAGGACUUCAAAGGCAUAAUGAAGUAACCAGGGUGAUCAUCAAGUAAGAUUAAAGCACAAGAUCAUUGUAGGAGGCUUCCUUGUCGAAGACGUGAACACGGGAUUUCCAACGCACCACGGCGUGUCCACUCAUCACUGCGUGUUAGGAACUGCUGUCUCUUUGGGACACAAGUUAAAAGAACACACUAAUUUCUGGAGUGUGCCUGCAGCUUCACGGCCUUCAUUUUGUUACUAAGUUAUUUUCUGGAAGAACAGCAAAAAUUUCAGGUUGAAAACAGAACUUUCCAAGUGCUACUGAAAUUCCGCAGAGAAUUAAGCUGCGAUGGUGGGUUUCUUACCCUAGAAACAUCCUAACCUGUAUCCACAAAGGAUGUCUUUUUAUUUUUUUAAAAGAUCAAUAAAAUCAAGAGAAACGAA